CUCCCUCCUCAGCUGUCUUUGCCGGUUAUUUUUAGGUUAAAUUCUAAAAUAAAUUGAAGAAAGCUGCUGUGGUACAUACUUUUCUAUGGUUAUGAAACAAUAGAGUGGAUCUCUGUCGCCUCGGGAGCGCCAGUCUUUGUGAACCAUGUCAGGCGAUGUGCAGCCAAGAAAACGUAAAGAUAAGAAAAAGAAAAAAGAUGAUUUAGGUGUAGAAGAACCUCGUGGGACGGAGGCGGCGCUCGGCGAAGGCGAUGUCUUCAUGCACUCUUACCACGACCAUGGCACCGGAGGACACUGGUGUGCCAAGAUCAUAUUCUUCUCAUUACUGGCUGUGCUCAUAACUCUUAUAGGACUGAUCAUAUUGGAAAAUAGAGGUCUUACUGAAUUGGAAGCAAAUUCUGUGGAAUCUCGGUACUCUGGUGUUCUUGAAGGUUGGUUAGAGGAUGCACCUGAUGAUGAUCAUCAUGACGAACAUACACUGGAACUGAAACACCAUGAUCUUGAGCAAGAUCAUAGCCCAGAAGAUGACCAUGAUGAUGAAGAUGAAGAGCAUGGGAUGUUGAUGAUCAUGACGAUGAUGAUGAUCACGAUUUAG